AAAGUAAAACGAUACUAACCUGGAUAUCUUGGGGGAAUAAAGAUGUGUGACUUAAAGGAAACCUUCAAAUAAAUGAGUAAAUUGAUAUGAUUCAGGAAGAAAGCAUUACUGAAUAAACGAAAGAGAUCUGGGAUGUGACACUGAAAAGGUAACAGUGUAGAAAAGGUCCAUACUGCAUAAAUCAUGGGGAAAAAGAUUUGUGUGAUUGGGGGUGGCUCUAGUGGACUAACGGCUAUCAAAUGCUGCCUGGAGGAGAACUUGGAGCCCAUAUGCUUUGAGAGAACUGAUGAUAUUGGGGGUCUUUGGAGAUUUAAGGAGAACCCGGAAGAUGGCAGAGCCAGUAUCUACAAAUCUGUGAUCAUAAAUACAUCGAAAGAAAUGAUGUGUUUCAGUGAUUACCCCAUCCCGGCUGAUUAUCCAAAUUAUAUGCACAAUUCCAAAAUUAUGGAAUAUUUCCGCUUGUACGCUAAGCAUUUCAACCUAUUGAAAUACAUCCGGUUUAAGACCAUUGUGUGCAGCAUUAAGAAGCGCCCCGAUUUUGCCACCAGCGGCCAAUGGGAUGUUGUGUCAGAGUGUGACGGGAAGCAAGUAUCAGAAAUAUUUGACGGGAUUCUUGUCUGCAGCGGACAUCACACCUUCCCUUAUUUGCCGUUACACACAUUUCCAGGUAUUGAGAAGUUCAAAGGUCAAUAUUUUCACAGUCGGGACUACAAGUCUGCACUGCCCUUCCAAGAUAAAAGGGUUAUUGUAGUUGGAAUUGGGAACUCAGGAGGUGACUUGGCUGUAGAGCUGGCUUCUGCUGCUAAACAGGUGUUUCUAAGCACCAGACGAGGAGCAUGGGUAGUUAACCGUGUAUGUGAUGAUGGAUUCCCAUUGGAUGUGGUGAUAUACAGUCGAUACAAAUAUCUGAUUAAGCAAUUCUUGACUGUGGGCAUGUUGAACAAUGUUCUUGAGAAAAAAAUGAAUGCACGCUUCAAUCAUGAGAAUUAUGGCUUGAUACCCAAGCACAGAAUAACAAGCCAACACCCAACUAUCAACGAUGAUCUUCCAAACCGCAUCAUCGCCGGGAAAGUGCUCGUAAAACCGAAUAUCAAAGAAUUCACAGAGAGAGAUGUCAUUUUUGAUGAUGGGACAGUGGAGAAGGAUAUUGAUGUUGUUUUUUUUGCUACUGGAUACAGUUUUUCAUUCCCAUUCUUUGAUGAUCCAGAACUCACAGUUCAGGAAAACAAGAUACCACUUUACAAACUUGUGUUUCCACCAAAGCUGGAGAAGACAACUGUGGCCUUUAUAGGUCUUAUACAGCCUAUUGGGGCCAUCAUGCCAAUUUCAGAACUCCAGGCUCGGUGGGCCACCAGAGUAUUUAAAGGGUCGUCCACAUUGCCGUCUACUCAGGAUAUGCUGACAGACAUUGAUUUACAAAGGAAAGAAAUGGAACAACGCUAUGUGGAAAGCCCACGUCACACAAUCCAGGUGGACUUCAUGGAGUAUCUAGAUGAGCUUGCUAUGCAAAUUGGUGCUAAACCCAACGUGUUAAAAUUCCUGUUUACAGACCCAAAAUUGGCCCAUGAGUUGUUUUUUGGGCCUUGCACUCCAUACCAGUAUCGGCUGACUGGACCGGGCAAGUGGGCGGGAGCCAGAGAAGCUCUUCUGACCCAACGUGAUCGAAUCAUCAAGCCAACAAAGACCAGAGUGUUGAAAGAUUAUGCAAUGAAAACAAAAUCUCCUAUUCCAUUCCUUCUAAAAAUACUAGGAAUCUUUGCUCUCUUUGCUGCUCUGUACCUUGUCUAUGUUUAAACAUUGUUUGUGGCCCUGUGUAGCCGAGAACUAAGCAAUACUGCACAACACAUCAGUAAGAAUCCUAAAACAUUCUAAGUAAUAGCUGUGUAAGGCAGAUUAUAGUCUUUGCUUCUGCAGAAGAAUAUUUUGCUGCUUAAAAUUUUUAUAAUCAAAUAUGAAAGAGCUGUGUUAUUUGUUAAAGGGUUUGUAUGCUGAAAUUUAUUGGGCUGAAAUGUCAAGGGAGAUUUGUCAAUUAAAUAUUAAUGUGAACUGCAAAAUUAGUUUCCAGCUUAAUGUGAUUCCAGUGACUUGUUGUACUGCCUGCAGAGUAUACAAUGCAUUCAAAAUUAAUUCUUUGGGUUUAUUUUUGUAUAUGAAAUAACUGUUUAUUGCUAAUUUGAACCAAAAUCCAAUCAAAUCGGCUAAACCAAAAUUCAAUCAAAUGGGCAGGAAGAGCAUAUCUCAUUAACUAAUUUCUAUUCACACAUACAGUCCUCCGUAUCUUAUUUCUCACUGUAUACUCAAAGACCAAGGGGCUGAUUUAUCAAAGCGCCAAUCUCUGUGCAUUCACUGGCGUCAAUACCCUCGCCAGACAUCGCUGCCGCGAAUCUACAUAUGACGCCCUUAUUUAUUAAAAACUAUCAAAAACACACACAUCAAGUACGGAGCGAUGAGCAUCGGACUGUUGAUAAAUAAGAGUCAUCGAUGUUGCGGAUAUUCUGUUUUUUCCAACUUUAUUUAUACCAUUUCAUUACUGUCCAUGAACAAGCACCUUUCUCUAAAGCUAAUUUUCAUUUUUCAUCUGUUAAUGUCCAAAAAAUAGCUACAUUUAUACCUGAACAGACAAUAAUAUAUCAUAGAUAGUUAUUUUCUAUAUAUUUGUUAUAAAAAAAAAAUGAUAUAUGAUAUUUUCACAUAAAUUAAUGUAUAUUUGUAUUUCUAAAAAUCAUGAUAUGCCUAUCUCAUGUUUUUUUUUUUUUUUUUUUAUUAUUAAUGCUAGAAUUUCUACAUAUAUCUUUGCACAUACUUGUAUAUAUAUAUAUAUAUAUAUAUAUAUAUAUAUAUAUAUAUAUAUAUAUAUAAACACACAACAUGGAAGGGGACUGCACUUUCAGACCAGACCGGGUACACAUCCCAUGACCCUGCAACAUGCUCAGCCCUGGGUGCUCACUGGCACUCACAGGAAGCUGCGCUGUCCCCAGAGUCACAGGCAGUUAACCCCAGACAGGUCUGGGUGCAAAAACCAUAGGGAAAAUUACAAAAGAAAUUAAUACAACACACAGAGAAAGUCCAGCACUCACUUACAAGCUCUCAACUAAGAUUAAAAGCACAAAUGGAAGGUUUAGUUGGGGCAUUUGGCCAAAUGGGACAAGUCCAGGUACCAAAUCAAAGUCCCUUCCAAAAAACUGGGACCUUAAAACAGCCACACAAAGCAAGCUCUCAAUCCAACAAACUGGGAGCAAGUGAAGGGUGCACAGGCUUAUGUAAUCACCCUAGACAUAUACAAAACACGGAAGGGGACUGCACUCUCAAACCGGACUGGUAUUGGCAACAUUGUAUAUGAGUUGUAUACUUGCGGUUUUCUAGCUGUUUUUAAUUUUAACACUGUUAAAUAAAGAACCUGAAUAGGGCGCUAAGGGUUAAAUUCCCAGGUACAUGCCUAUUUAAGCAAAUGUGCAGUGCUCAUUAUUUUAUCAUAUGAUUAAGGGGCAAUGGCCCUGAAACGUUGUGUUUAUGUCUGAUCCUGUCAUGCAAUAAAGUAUAUUCGUUUAUCAUA